UGUGACCCGGGCGGGCGGGGAGCGGCACCGGCUGCGCCUCCGGCCCGUCCCGGCCCCGGCCCGCCCUGCCCCGGCCCGACCCGGCCCGCGGACGUACCCCCAUGCCCGCUCACGGCCGCCCGCCGGUAGCGGCUGACGCCUGCGGGGCCCGAGGAGGCGAUGGCUGCGGAUCUGGUGGUGCUGCUCUGCCUGGCCGCCGCCGCGGCCGCCGUGGAAGAAACUUUGAUGGAUACGCGGACGGCGACGGCCGAGCUGGGCUGGACUGCCAACCCACCCUCGGGGUGGGAAGAAGUCAGUGGCUACGACGAAAACCUCAACACCAUCCGUACGUACCAGGUGUGCAACGUCUUCGAGCCCAACCAGAACAACUGGCUCCUCACCACGUUCAUCAACCGGCGCGGCGCUCACCGCAUCUACACCGAGAUGCGCUUCACUGUGCGGGACUGCAGCAGCCUCCCCAACGUCCCCGGCUCCUGCAAGGAGACCUUCAACCUCUACUACUACGAGACAGACUCUGUCAUUGCCACCAAGAAGUCCACCUUCUGGACAGAGGCACCCUACCUCAAAGUGGACACCAUCGCUGCUGACGAGAGCUUCUCCCAGGUGGACUUUGGGGGCAGGUUGAUGAAGGUGAACACAGAAGUGAGAAGUUUCGGGCCCCUGACCCGCAAUGGCUUUUACCUGGCCUUCCAGGACUACGGGGCUUGUAUGUCUCUGCUGUCUGUCAGGGUCUUCUUCAAGAAGUGCCCCAGCGUGGUGCAGAACUUCGCCAUCUUCCCGGAGACGAUGACAGGAGCGGAGAGCACGUCCCUGGUGACCGCCCGGGGCACCUGCAUCCCCAACGCCGAAGAGGUGGACGUGCCCAUCAAGCUGUACUGCAACGGCGACGGGGAGUGGAUGGUCCCCAUCGGCCGCUGCACCUGCAAGGCUGGCUAUGAGCCGGAGAACAACGUGGCUUGCAAAGCCUGCCCCGCGGGGACGUUCAAGGCCAGCCAGGGCGCGGGGGUCUGCGUUCCGUGCCCCCCCAACAGCCGCUCCACCGCCGAGGCCUCCCCGGUCUGCGCGUGCCGCAACGGCUACUACCGGGCGGACUUCGACCCUCCAGCAGCUGCCUGCACCAGUGUCCCAUCCGGCCCCCGCAACGUCAUCUCCAUCGUCAACGAGACGUCCAUCAUCCUGGAGUGGCACCCGCCGCGGGAGACGGGCGGGCGGGACGACGUCACCUACAACAUCGUCUGCAAGAAGUGCCGCUCGGACCGACGCGCCUGCUCCCGCUGCGACGACAACGUGGACUUCGUGCCCAGGCAGCUGGGGCUGACUGACACCCGCGUCUUCAUCAGCAACCUGUGGGCGCACACGCCCUACACCUUCGAGAUCCAGGCUGUCAACGGGGUUUCCAACAAGAGCCCGUUCCCGCAGCAGCACGUCUCUGUCAACAUCACCACCAACCAGGCUGCACCCUCCACCGUCCCCAUCAUGCACCAGGUGAGUGCCACGAUGAGGAGCAUCACGCUGUCCUGGCCCCAGCCCGAGCAGCCCAACGGGAUCAUCCUGGACUACGAGAUCCGCUACUACGAGAAGCUGAGCCGCAUCUGCACGCCCGACGUCGGCAGCUCCGUGGGCGCCAGGCCGGCACCGGACCACAACGAGUACAACUCCUCCAUGGCCCGGAGCCAGACCAACACGGCGCGGAUCGAGGGGCUGCGGCCCGGCAUGGUGUAUGUGGUGCAGGUGCGGGCCCGCACCGUGGCCGGCUACGGCAAGUACAGCGGGAAGAUGUGCUUCCAGACCCUGACGGACGACGACUACAAGUCGGAGCUGAGGGAGCAGCUGCCGCUGAUCGCGGGGUCCGCGGCGGCCGGGGUGGUCUUCAUCGUCUCACUGGUGGCCAUUUCCAUCGUCUGCAGCAGGAAGCGAGCCUACAGCAAGGAAGCUGUGUACAGUGAUAAACUGCAGCACUACAGCACAGGCCGAGGGUCUCCAGGGAUGAAGAUCUACAUCGACCCCUUCACCUACGAGGACCCCAACGAGGCAGUCCGGGAGUUCGCCAAGGAGAUCGAUGUGUCCUUUGUGAAGAUAGAAGAAGUCAUUGGAGCAGGGGAGUUUGGAGAAGUGUACAAGGGCCGCCUGAAGUUGCCGGGCAAGCGGGAGAUCUACGUGGCCAUCAAAACGCUGAAAGCCGGUUACUCGGAGAAGCAGCGGCGGGACUUCCUGAGCGAGGCCAGCAUCAUGGGGCAGUUCGACCACCCCAACAUCAUCCGCCUGGAGGGCGUGGUGACCAAGAGCCGGCCGGUCAUGAUCAUCACCGAGUUCAUGGAGAACGGCGCCUUGGACUCCUUCCUGCGGCAAAACGACGGGCAGUUCACAGUGAUCCAGCUGGUGGGAAUGCUCAGAGGGAUCGCUGCUGGGAUGAAGUACCUCGCGGAGAUGAAUUACGUGCACCGGGAUCUGGCUGCCAGGAACAUCCUGGUCAACAGCAACCUGGUGUGCAAAGUGUCCGACUUCGGCCUCUCGCGCUACUUGCAGGACGACACGUCUGACCCCACCUACACCAGCUCCUUGGGGGGUAAGAUCCCUGUCAGGUGGACGGCGCCGGAGGCCAUCGCCUACCGCAAGUUCACCUCGGCCAGCGACGUCUGGAGCUACGGCAUCGUCAUGUGGGAGGUGAUGUCGUUUGGGGAGAGGCCCUACUGGGACAUGUCCAACCAAGAUGUGAUCAACGCCAUCGAGCAGGAUUACCGGCUGCCCCCGCCCAUGGACUGCCCCGCCGCCCUGCACCAGCUCAUGCUGGAUUGCUGGCAGAAGGACCGCAACACCCGCCCGCGCUUCACCGAGAUCGUCAACACCCUCGACAAAAUGAUCCGCAACCCGGCAAGCCUCAAAACUGUGGCUACCAUCACCGCUGUGCCUUCUCAGCCCCUCCUCGACCGCUCCAUUCCCGACUUCACUGCCUUUACCUCAGUAGACGACUGGCUGAGUGCUGUGAAGAUGAGCCAGUACCGGGACAGCUUCCUGACUGCUGGCUUCACCUCCCUGCAGCUGGUUGCCCAGAUGACAUCCGAAGACCUCCUGAGAAUAGGGGUGACUUUGGCUGGGCACCAGAAGAAGAUCCUGAACAGCGUCCAGUCCAUGCGAGUACAGAUGAGCCAGUCUCCGACCUCGAUGGCAUGACGUCCCUUGUUUGACGGGGAGGGGCGGGGAGGGCACGCAGAGGAGGGGCAGAGGUGGGAGGGGAGGAACUGGCAGGUGCCAAUGGGGCAGUGUUUGGGGAGGAGCCGCCGCUGCCUGGGGACUGCGACCGCAGACGAAGGAUGUUCCUGGGACUCGUCUCUAACUGGUGACUUCCGUUCCUCACCAACAGAAGCACACUUAGCAAUGUCAUGGGGAACAGCGUAUAAAUACAUAUAAAUAUGUACAAAUCAUAUAUUUAAAAAGCAAAGCAAAACAAAAAAAACCAUAAAAAAUGAUGAAGACAAACCAAUGUGCGUUGGGGAAGCAAACCCAAACCCUAGAGACCAGACUCCAAUCCCACCACCAGUGAGCAGUGGUUGAAACUGAGAAGGAGGAAGGGGCUGUUGGGGAAGGGAGAGGCAUGAGAUGGAGCGUCCUGUCCGGAGAAACCAGCUUCCUUUUUCUUUUUUCGUCCUCCCUCCCUGCCCCAGCCCUCCUGUCUUGCCCCGCUCCCCUCUCUGCUCAUGAACUGGGUGGAAGUGUCCUCAGACGUCUCCGCAGCUCCCUGACAUCCUACCCGGGUGCCACUCCGGCAACUACCAAAGGACUUCGCUGACCACUGCAUGGGGGAUCCGACUCAAUCCAGUUAAUGUCUUCAUAUUGAAGAAGAGAUGUACCUUCAAUAGAAAACCUUGGGUUUUGGUUUUUUUCUUUUGUUCAUUUUUUGUUGUGUUUUUUUUUUUUUUUUUCUCUUUCGCUUGCAUUUUUUUUGCAAAAAGGAAAAAAAAAAACAACAAAAAAAAGGAUUAAAAAAAAAAAAAAGGAAUCUCCAUCCUGGAAAA